AUGGAAUCGGCGGUCACAGAAAAAGCCAACUACGUUGACGUUGCUACCUUGCGUGCCAGAAUUGACUUCUUGACCUCGGAGUUUUCAUCUCUAGCCACGAAGUAUGCAAAUGUCAGAAAUGAACUGGACAGACUGUCGUGCCAAAGCUCUGAUUCUGCGUCAAACUUUUCCAAAAACCUUCUGCAUUUUGUUGCCAGUCUGUUUGAUAACCAGCAGUACAGCGAUGUGGAGUUCAAGACAAAGACUAACCCGAUAAAGGCUCAUCGUUUCAUCUUGAAAGCGCGGGGAGCGCAAUGGUCAGAAACAGCUGAUUCCAAAUUUAUAGACAUUUCGCAUGUUCCAGAGGAUGUGGCUAGGACCUUUGUAAAGUGGCUCUACACUGGCGACUGCGAGCGUGCCACGGAGGCCUCCGACGAUUUCCUUCUCCAGAUAGAGACGUUAAUUAUACCAAGAAUUUGCAAGGAGAACUUCGUCAAAGUCUUUGGAAGUGCUUACGAAAACAACGCCAAAAACCUGACGGAUCGCUGCUUGGCCUUCGCGAAGGAUAUAUAUGUAAAUCUUGCCGUCACUGAAAUUAACAUACUUAGCCGGCUUUUAGUGCUUCAGACCUGGCCCCAUUGUCCGCAGCUUGUCUCCUUCCUCUCAUUCGCAAGUACUCAUCACCCUUCCACGAGGCUGCCCGCCUCAAUCGAAUAG